UGCGCGACAUCUGCGGUUUCAGCGGGACGUGACCAAUGCAUCAAUUGGCGGGCGUGCCAAUCGCCGGCGCUGCUUGAGUUUCUCGGCGAGAACGCUAGCCCAUGCCAACGUCACCUGCAACGACUGGCUCUGCUCCGAUCGCCUUCAAGCGAAGUCCGCAAUUCUCUGUGAGGUGAGGUGUUUGAAGUGCGUCCUCCUCGGAGGAAUCACAGCCGCCGAGUCCACUGAGUUCCUGUGAGAGAUGGCUCCACCGCAUCGAUUGAUGUGGCCGUGGCUCGUGGGAAUGAUCCUCGCAGCGGUUAUGACCGAGGCCCACGGAGCUGCCAGGCAACCUGUGGAAGGCGACAACGAGGACGAAGAUGUGGCCCAGAUGUACGCCUGCUACGCAAACUAUCUCGUUACCCAAAUGAAUAACAGAGUAACCAACGCUGUUUGGAACUACGCCAACAACCUCACGGAGUACAACAAGAACAACAGCGUGAAGGCGAGACUGGAGAUGAAAAAACUGGAGAAAGAAGUCUGGAAAAAUGUCACCAAGUACAAGUGGACAAAGUUCGAGGAUCCGGUGACGCGAAGAAUUUUCGAAAAAUUGUCAGUUCUGGGAACUGCCAUGUUGAGCGAUGACAAGCAAAAUGAGCUCCUGAACAUAGUUGCGGAAAUGCUACAAAACCACGCUUCGGGAAAGAUAUGUCCUUUUCUCCGAAAAACUAACACGUCAGAGGAAUGCAACUUGUCUUUAGAACCAGAGAUCAAAAACAUCCUCAAGGACUCCCGGAAUUACUACGAGCUUCAGCACGUAUGGAACGAGUGGCGGAAGGUUGCGGGGAAGCCUAUGAAGGAGCGGUACCUGCGCUACGUCGAACUCAUGAACGAAGCGGCCAGACUGAACGGUUUCAUGGACGCGAGCGGUCUCUGGCAGGACGUGUACGAGUACGACGGCUUCGAGAGGAACAUGGCCAAGCUGUGGGAGCAGCUGCUGCCGCUCUACCAGGAGCUGCACGCGUACGUGCGCAGCAAGUUGCGUGCCAUCUACGGCGCGGACAAGAUUUUGGAAGACGGACCCAUCCCGGCACACCUGCUCGGUCACCUCCACUCGCAAGAUUGGAUUGCGGUAACCAAAAUGAGCCGACCAUACCCGAACAAACCGGCAGUUGACAUCACAGGUGCCAUGAAAGAAAGGAGCAUGACUGUUCUCGACAUGUUCAAGAUGUCUGAGGAGUUUUUCACCUCGAUGGGCCUCCCACCAAUGCCUCAAACAUUCUGGGAGCGGUCGGUGCUGACAAAGCCGACAGAUAGAAAGAUUGUGUGCCAUCCUUCGGCUUGGGAUUUCUACAUCGGCAAGGAUGUAAGGAUCAAGCAAUGCACAGAAGUGAAGAUGGAUGAUCUGUUCAUUGUGCACCAUGAAAUGGGCCACGUUGAGUACUUCCUCAAGUAUGCCAAGCAGCCGGUCUUCUUUAGGGCUGGUGCAAAUCCUGGUUUCCAUGAGGCUAUUGGAGAUACUAUUGCUCUCUCUGUGUCCACGCUGAAACACCUGAAGGCAGUUGGCCUGCUGCAAGACAGAAUGGAGGACGAAGAAACGGACAUCAACUACCUGCACAGUGUUGCCAUGGCCAAAGUGGCUCUCAUCCCCUCGGUUUACGUUUUUGACCUCUGGAGGUGGAACGUGUUCAAGGGCAACUACAAGCCGGAAGACUACAACAAGGCUUGGUGGACCCUGCUACUGAAUUACCAAGGAAUUUGUCCUGGUGUCCCACGAGCCCUGGAUGACUUCGACCCACCAUCGAAAUACCACAUAUCUGCCAACGUACCAUACAUAAGGUACUUUGCAAGCAUCGUAUUGCAGUUCCAGUUCUACAAGGCACUUUGUGAAGAAGCCAAUCACACUGGCCCAUUGUACAAGUGCGACUUCUACAGGUCAAAAGAAGCAGGAAAAUUAUUUGGAGAUGUAAUGGAGCUGGGAUACUCCAAACCAUGGCCAGAAGCCUUGGCCAUGCUAACCAAAGGCAGGACGAAAGAAAUGGAUGCCAGUGCAAUGUUGGAAUACUUCGAACCACUCUAUGUAUGGCUCAAGGAGCACAACAAGGGAACAUACGUUGGCUGGAGGAACGACAACCCGACUGCUUGCCCAACAGCUACGAGAAUAUGCCCUAGAAAGGGAGAAGGCAAAGACAGGAAAGGCAGGGAGGUCAACCAGAAGAGCAUGACUCCGCCGCCUGGAUGGAUGUGGCCGUGGCUGGCGUGCCUGGUCCUUGCGGCGGUCGCGCCCGGGGCCCGCGCAACCACCAGGCGACCCGUGGAGGGCGACAACGAGGACGAAGACAUGGCGAAGAUGUACGCCUGCUACGCGAAUUACCUCGUCACCGAAAUGUGGAACAGGGUGGUCGUCGCCGACUGGAACUACGCCAACAACCUCACGGAGUACAACAAGAACAAGAGCGUGGAAGUGACACUCGAGGCUCAAAAACUGGAUCUGCAAGUCUGGAAAAAUGUCACUAAGUACAAGUGGACCAAGUUCGAGGAUCCGGUGACGAGAAGGAUUUUCGAAAAGCUGUCCGUUCUGGGCACUGCCGUCCUGAGCAAUGACAAGCAAAAUGAGCUUGUCAACAUAAUUGCGGAAAUGCAAGAAAACCACGCUUCGAGUAAAAUUUGUCCUUUUGUGCGGCAAACUAACAGGCCCGAUGAAUGCAACUUGUCCUUAGAACCAGAGAUCAAAAACAUCCUCAUGGACUCCCGGAACUAUUACGAGCUCCUGCACGUAUGGAACGAGUGGAGGAAGGUUGCGGGGAAGCCCAUGAAGCAGAACUACCUGCGCUACGUCGAGCUCUUGAACGAAGCAGCCAGACUGAACGGCUUCGAGGACGCGAGCGGCCUCUGGCAGGACGUGUACGAGUGCGAGGGUCUCGAGAGGAUCAUGGCCAAGCUGUGGAAGCAGCUGUUGCCGCUCUACCAGGAGCUGCACGCGUACGUCCGCAGCAAGCUGCGGGCCAUUUACGGGCCGGACAAGGUUCCCGAAGACGGACCCAUCCCGGCACACCUGCUCGGUCACAUCCACUCUCAAGAUUGGUCUGCGAUAACCGAAAUCACCCGGCCAUACCCGAACAAACCGGCAGUUGACGUCACAGUUGCCAUGGAGCAAAGGAACAUGACUGUUCUCGACAUGUUCAAGAUGUCCGAGGAAUUUUUCACCUCCAUGGGUCUACCGCCAAUGCCCAAAACAUUUUGGGAGCGGUCGGUGCUGACAAAGCCUACGGACAGAAAGAUUGUAUGUCAUGCUUCGGCUUGGGAUUUCUACAUGAGCAAGGACGUAAGGAUCAAGCAAUGUACACAAGUGAAGAUGGAUGACCUGCUCACUGUGCACCAUGAAAUGGGCCAUGUUGAGUACUUCCUCAAGUACGCCAAGCAGCCGGUCUUCUUCAGGACUGGUGCAAACCCUGGUUUCCAUGAGGCUAUUGGAGACACCAUUGCCCUCUCCGUGGCCACACCAAAGCACCUGAAGGCAGUCGGCCUACUGGAAGAGAGGAUGGAGGACGAAGAAACGGACAUCAACUACCUGCACAGUAUUGCCAUGGACAAAGUGGCCAUCAUACCCUCGGUGUACAUUUUUGACCUCUGGAGAUGGAACGUGUUCAAGGGGAACUACAAGCCGGAAGACUACAACAAGGCUUGGUGGACUCUGUUACUAAAUUACCAAGGAAUUUGCCCUGGUGUUGCACGAGCACCGGAUGACUUCGACCCGCCUUCAAAAUACCACAUAUCUGCCAAUGUACCAUACAUAAGGUAUUUUGCAAGCAUCGCCCUACAGUUCCAAUUCUACAAGGCGCUUUGUGAAGAGGCCGACCACACUGGGCCAUUGCACAAGUGCGACUUCUACAGGUCGAAAAAAGCAGGAAAAUUAUUUGGGGAUGUAAUGGAGCUGGGAUACUCCAAACCAUGGACAGAAGCCUUGGCCAUGCUAACCAAAGGCAGAACGAGAGAAAUGGAUGCCAGUGCACUGUUGGAGUACUUCGAACCACUCUACAAGUGGCUCAAGGAGUACAACAAGGGAACCUACGUUGGCUGGAAGAGCGACAACCCGACUGCUUGCCCAACAGCCACGACAACGUGCACCAAGAAGCACAAAUAAGCAGGGGCUCAACACCCCAGAUACCUAUUUAACUCUUUAUUGACGAGUGUUGCCUACAGUCAACAUACCAAAAAAAAAAUUUUCUUGCCGAGUUUAAGUAUUGAGUACGAAGUUUCUAGCUAAAUGUCUUCGGCCAACACUGAAUGACAAGCAGCAAGCGUGAUUUGUUGAUUUAGAGCAGGAACAAUGGACAAGAAAGUAGAAGUUUGGCACACGACUCACUGUGUCGUGCAAGCAAGGUCAGAGGAGACAGGCCGAUGCAACAUAUGCAGCUGCAGUGGUAUCACUGCACGGGGUGUAAAGCAAAUGAAAUGUGCGCCUAUGGUUCACGUAUGAUGACAGCUGUCUAUAUGAAUUGAAAAUGAAGCCUUAGGUGGCUUGGGGUGAAGCCUGCUUCCAGUUUCCUGCCUGGGGUUUUCCCUCUAUUGCUGAAAAAUUUCUGCAAAACAUUUUUUUCUCUUUUUUGGUUAUGCUCGUUCUUGACGUGUUUUGCCUAUUUAGACAGAAGAAUAAACA